AUGCGGGAGUCCGAAGGGGUGGCAAGCGUGAGGAUACCUACUCCGGUAAAUUCUCAACGCCUCUCGUCAGAGGAGGAGAAGCUACGGGGCGGAAAGUGUCAGAACCGUCUUCGAGGCUGGGCGGCUGUUAGGAGCUGGUGUGUCGCGUGGUGGCAUUCUGGCAGAGAAGACCUUGAAGACACAGAACCUGAAGAGGAGCCUUCAGACCUGGGAUACGCUACUCCAGUUUCCGUUGAGACUCCUCUGCAGAGCACUGUUUCGAGAUGUACAUCAUUGAACGUAAUCAGAGACCCUUUUGCUGGCCGAGGCGGGUCUGGGGGUUCUAAUCCUGAUGGUGGCACUUCGCCACUCAGACGAAACUUCGAACCACCAGCAAUUCCAACUGCCAGGGAUAGUCGAUCCCUUCCACCCAACACUAGAAUCAAUACAGCUACCUCACCAGCUCCAAAAUCUGCAUCAGCUGACUCGGUCUACACUAUUGUAAUCAGAUUACCAGAUGCAGACACAGAAAGACCUAGCAUAAAAAUGAUAACAGAGGAAUCACCGCCCACAAACGCGAGAGUCUAUCGACCGCCCGCCAGAGGAGAUUCCGAAUUGAAUCUACAUCCAGGUGGCCACGCCGGUCUCUCUAGAAGAACAUCGCACGUGCAAGAUGUAAGAAUACCGCUCAAUGCCAAAAUUAUACCGAAACAACUGGCGGGUAAAGGUAUAACAACGAAACAACCGAAGAAGAAGAAAACGCAAGAGAAGAAACAAGAGACGAAAGCGGCGAAGACUUUGUCGGCUAUUCUCCUCUCGUUCAUCAUAACGUGGACACCUUAUAAUAUACUUGUGUUAUUAAAACCGUUGACUGCAUGUGCCAAGUGCAUUCCCGACGAACUAUGGUCCUUCUUCUACGCUCUGUGUUAUAUUAACUCUACUAUCAAUCCCGUAUGUUAUGCGCUAUGUAAUGCGACGUUUAGAAGAACAUACGUUAGGAUUUUGACUUGCAAGUGGCAUAAUAGGAAUAGAGAAGCCAUGACUAGAGGAGUGUAUAAUUAA